CGAAAUUAACAGUAACAUAUGCUCCAACAUGGCUGCAUCACUUCAAGCCUCAGUUGACUCACUUCAAUCCUCAUUACAAACCCUCGAUUCAUCCAUCUCUACUCUCGACUCCGCUGUUAGCGACUUUCCCCGAUUGUGCAAGGUCUUGCAGACAACGCGGCACUUUGAACUCCUUCCCGAACCUACUCUGCGCGAAGCACAGCAGUCACUCUUGGAUGAAAUCACACCGAGCAUCGCGCAUCUAUUAUCCUUAGCCUCAAACCAUGUCGAAAAGCUGUCCCGUCGCGAACAGGCCCUCAAAGCUAAAUGCGAGCUCCAGGAGGGCAGACUUCACUCCAACGACAGCCGUCAAUCGUCGAGUCGCGGCCUGGGCGCUAUGCGCGAUCGACAGAGACAAGAUGGUAGUAGUGCUGUCGCAAAAGCAGCGGAAUACAGACGACUCGUCCAGAAGAAGGAACGGCUGAAGUACGCAGUUGAGCGAUUGGAGCUGCAGAGUCGGCAACGUGAGCGUCAACUGAGAAAAAGUAUGGCUUUUCAAUAAGUCCACAAGCGGAGUUGGGAAUCUACCCUCGAUCCGAAUCAGUCUUUGUCGCGGACACUACAUCUACGGAAUAUAUUGCCUGGUCGGAAACAGACAGUGAAGCUGCUGGUUAUCUGCGACUAUGCGAUAACACCUAUGAGGAAACGAACCCCACCCCUCUGUUCCAAAGCACAGCGCGCCUGGCGGGCCCGACGAUCAAGGCAGCAUGCCUUUCGAUCACUACCGAACGGACUUUGCGAGAAACAGCAACUUGCAAAUGCCAAAAAAAGGCGCCUAUGCCGACUUGGGCUGAUUACUUCGGUGGCCGACCAAAGCUGCUGGUUCUAACUGCCCUGGGAAGGCCACCAUCCAUAACAAGGUGACGGUGUGCGAAUGCGCACCCGGAAGGAUUGCAGGUGAUUAAGAAUAG